AAAAAAAGAGAGAAAAUAAAAAUGAAAAGGACCCAUGAAACCAAACAGGAAUUUCUCAUUAUUCUUCCAGUGACUAUUUGUUUAUCAUUUGGAGCAGUUCUUGCACUUUUAGACCAACAUUUUGAAUAGAGAGAAAAACUCAUGAUCAUGAAUAUUUUGAGGGUGAUUCAAAAAAUAUGAAUUACAUUUGCACCCACAUAAAUAUUUGUGAACAUUUUUUCACUGAUGAUAUUCAUCAUAAGUUCCACAUUCCUUAUAUUAUAAAGAAUGUUUUCUGGUUUCAAGGCUAUUAAUUCCCUCAGAAUUUAAUCGCUUAUAAACGGUGCAUCUUGUCCUUAUUUAACCAAACUUUUGAAAAAUAAAUGAUUCACAGAAAUUGAAGUUCACCCUUUCGGUGUUUGUUAAAUGGCCAAAAAGAAGAGCUGGUUUAAUCUUGUGAAGAAAUUUUUCAUAUGGGACACACAUUCCACACAAGAGAAGAAGAAGGAGAAAAGAAGGAAAUUGAUAUUUGGAAGACUAAAGAGCAAGAAGUUACAUUCAAUUACAGCUCCACCAAAGUCGCAAAAUGAAGCAGAGGAGGGACAAAGUAAGCAUGGUUUGACAGUAGCUAUUGCUUCAGCUUCUGCUGAUGAAGUUGUUAUGCUUCAAUAUGAAGAUAACUCAGAAGAAUCUCAACCUGUCAAAACUAGGAAUUGUGUUCAUCAAUUAAUAUAUGAGUGCCAGAGGGAGAUUCAAGAAUUUGCAGCCAUCAAAAUUCAAACUGCCUUUAGGGGUUACCUUGCAAGGAUUGCUUUGAGGGCAUUGAAGGGAAUUGUGAAACUUCAAGCUAUCAUUCGUGGGAGAGCAGUGAGACGCCAAGCUAUGAAUACUCUCAAGAGCUUGCAGUCCAUUGUAAAUAUACAAUCAAAGGUAUGUGCAAGGAGACUUCAAAUGGUUGAAGGAAGAUGGGAUUGUGUUGAAGAUGAAGAGAUGCAAUUUUCUAAAGAUAAGAUAAUUAGGAUGGACUCAAACAGUGAAAGAAAGUGGGAUGACAGCACUUUAUUGAAGGAAGAGGUAGAUGCAUUUUGCAUGAUCAAGAAAGAAGCAAUUCUUAAGAGAGAAAGAAUAAAAGAAUACACCUUUAAUCAUAGAAGGUCAGCAGAGUCAGAAAGAAGUAAAGUGAAUGGAAGAUGGAGAUACUGGCUAGAGCAAUGGGUAGAUACACAACUUUCAAAAAGCAAAGAACUUGAAGAUCUAGACUCAGUUUUCAGCUCACAUUCAAGAGCUGAUGAACAAUUUGCAAUAAGACAACUUAAACCAAGAACUACUCAAAGACCAACUUCACUUGAAGGAUUGGAUUCUCCAGUAACAAAAUACUCUCCUCACAGGAGACAGUGUUCAAUAGGAGAAGACAGAUCAUUUUCAAGCUCUCCUGUUACUCCCGCAUACAUGGCUGCAACUGAAUCAGCAAGAGCAAAAGCAAGAUCAACAAGCUCACCAAAAGCAAGAACAUGGAAUUAUGACAUGAAUUCUGAUACCUAUUCACCUUGCAAGAAAAAGUUAUCAUUUGUGUCAUCUGUUAACAGUGAAGUGCUUAAUAUUGGUGGUAGAAUGGGUAAGCUUAGUUCUGGUGGUGGUAAUUACCAACAAAGAUCUCCAAGUUUUAAGGGUAUUUCAGUGCCUAUUAAAUCAAGUAGGAGUAUUAAGGAUCUUAGUAUUAAUUCAGAUUGUUCACUCCCUAAUUGGGAUGGACAAGGUUCGUUCAAAUGAAAAGAUAAUGAUGCUCAUAAGUUUAUACUGCUUUUAUAACAUAAUUCAUUGUGCUAUAAGAGGGAUUGAAUUACAAAGUGUUUAUAACUAUGUAUGAUGUAUAUUAUAAGUGGUUGAAUGUUUAUUUUGGUUGAGAAUUGAAAUUAGUGUGGCAGAAAAUAGUUGAUUUGUUCA